AUGAUGGAGCCGCCAGUCCUGGCCGAGGUGGCCGAGACUCAGCUCGACGACUCCUCCGAAGAUGUCCCCUCGGGCGGAGCAGAAGUACCAGUGACACCACCACCCUCCAGGAAGCGGAAAGCCAGUGUUGGAGGUGCUCUUGAGACUCCCUGCAAGACAAGCUGUCGGCGAUCGCCGAGGUUGAAGGAGAUGCGGGAGCGUGCUGCGGCAGCGGCUCCGGUCACUCCCAGAGUGGUGAAAGUGGAGGUCCCACAAAGCUUGGGACAAGCAGUACUGGCACUGAGUGGAGUGGAACUGCAGGCAGCGCAUGUCCGAAAGCUGCGGCACCUGGGCUCCGCCGAGGUCACCAAGACCUGGCAGCCGGAGGUGACACAUUUGGUGGCCAGCCGGCUCCGGCGCACCUUCAAGAUGAUGUGCGCCAUUUGCAAGGGCUUGCCCAUUGUUCGGCCUUGCUUUGUUGCCCGUUGUGCUCACUUGGGUGUCGUGCCCGAGGUGCGGUCACAAGAUCUGCUGAGAGACCGUUUGGGCGAGAAGAUCUUCGCCUCGCGCUUCAGUGCGCCAGACUACAGCCUGGCAGAUGUGACCUCGCUGGCGCUGCAGGGACCCUUGCUGCGGAAGUAUCGGGUAUACGUCUCGAAGCAGGAAAAGGCCAUGGAGCGCAGCAAAUUGGAGGCCCUAGUGACAGCCGCUGGCGGCACAUGGCUGGAGGAGCUUCCGGCCGAGCGUUCCCACGAUCUGCUGGUCUUCGGUCCGGUGCAGGGCAGAUCCUACGACGUGGAGGCACUCUUUGAAGCAGCUUGUACUCAGCAGUUAGAGCGCCUAGAGGCCUUCGCCCAAAGCGCGCGAAAACAGCGACAACCGCCGACAACCGCCAGCGCCCCCAAAAAAAAAAGGCCAUCGGAGCAGUGA